AUGAAAAAAUUAAUAUUAAUCACCGUUUUUAUUGUAUUAGGUUUUGCUCAGUAAGAUUUAGCAGAAGCAUUUACGUAGUUGUCUUCUACAGAUCCUGAUAGAACAAAGUUAAAUUGGCCUAAUUUAUCAUCAGCAAUUUCAGACUUAUUAUGUGAUGUGUAAAAUGUAAGAUCAAUUGAAAGCGAUACUAAUUAAUAGAAAUCUGCCUUACUCUAAAAAGUAAAAGGUAUAUUAAGAUGAUAGCUUAUUAUUUUACAUGAUAGAACUAUCAGUUAAAUAAAGGUAGACUUAGCAAAACAUAAAACAAAAUUAAAUGAUCAAUUGACUCCUUAUAAGAAUGAACUUGAUGAAGCAUUAAAAUAUAGAGCAGGAAUAUUAGAUUAAUAAAAAUAAGAUUUAAAGAUUAAUGAAGCAGAUUUUAUAAAAAUGAAAGAGUCUGCUAAAUAAGAGAUGGAUGAUGUUAGCUUUGCAUUACAAUCAGUAGAUUAAGUAUCAAAAUAAGUAUAUAUAUUUAGAUGAGAAAAUAAGUUAAAGAAUUAUUGCAAGGAGGUUCAGGAGGAAAUUCAUUUGUAGAGAUUAAAUCUUCUCUUUAAGAAUUUCAUACUAAAAUCACUAAUUUAAUUAAAUCUGACUCUCCUUUAUUAACUUUAGCUAGUUCUUUAAUGGAAUUACUUUAAUUAGAUUUUAAAGAUAGAAAAGUCUUGAAAGAUUUAGAAUAACUUUUAGAUUAAUUUUGGAUGAAUACUAUUGAUUAUAGAAUUGAAUUAAUUAGUCAAGCUAAUAGAAAUCAGCAAUUAUAUGAAGAUAGAAGAUAAGCAAUUCUUUAAGACAGAGAUACAACAAUCGAAUUAUAUAAUUCAAAAAUUGAAGAAUAUAAUACAGUUUUUGAUGAAAUAUAGAAUAUUCAAACAUAUGUUGAAAAUAGAUAAAAGGAUCUUGAUGACAGUGCUAAUUCAUAAGACUUUUUCAAGAAUAUUUGGGGAUUGAAUGAAGGAAUUACAAAUACAGUUGAUAAAUCCUUAAUUAGUAAAGCUAAUGCAAUAUAGGAAGCCUUAAAGUAAAUAGGAAAUGGAGUGAGUUUUUAAGAUAAAUGA